UCCUGCGCCUCUCGAGCGAAGAGGAACUGGGCUGUCCACGAGCAUCCACACGAAGAAGCGCAAUCAGUUGGCCUUCGAGAAGGUCGUCCAUCUUGUCGAGAUCACCGCAAAUGUGCGGUUGAUGGAGUACAGACGUGCAGGUUGUGGGUAUGUUCUCCCUUGGCAGCGAGACGAGGGUAUGCUCGACGCUCAGGCAGGCAUAGAGCUGGACCCCGUGCGUUCGGGGAUGAGGAGCUCGAUGACGCCGGAGGAGAUCGAUGAGCAGGCUGCCCUCAUUUCGCGCGAUCCCAUCGGGUCCUCUGCGCCGCCCCCUGCAGAGUCUGUUUUCGGUGCUCGUGCGGCUAUCUUCCGGCCAUACCCCAGGGAUGAUGCCUCUGGGGACGAGAGGGAGCGGGAAUGUGCGGGCGACCCCACGCUUCCCAUCCCGCGCGAGAUUGACGAGUUGCACGAGGAGGGCAGCGACUCGCACGAGGGGGCAGAGCGGUUAGACACCGCGCCGAGGGCGGGUGAUUUCGGGGGAGUAGAGGCGAGAUCACCCACUCCCGCGCGAGAGCAUACACCUGCUCCUACCGCCACAGUGCGGGAACAGACGACUGUUUCGGCGACCGCGCAGCAGCAGACUCCUGCUCCUACGAGGACGUGCGAGCGGACGAGUACUCACACGACGGAGUCCGGACCUUCGUCGCAGUUGCAUCUUCCUCGUCAUUCAGUAGCAUCGUCCGCCGAGACUGCUUCCAUAGGGCAUGUUGAGCGCUCACCAUCAGCAGUCAGGAGGGAGGACUUGGGAUCCUCGUUGCGCAUACGCGGCCAUGGAUCGUUGUUUAGCAUAGCCCGUCAGCUCGUUUUGGAGGAGGGUGUUCAUAGCAGGACAGCGGUGGUGAGGGAGAGACGGGCGGAGGAGCACGGAGCGAGCGGAGUUGACGACCUUGAGGGUAUUCGAGGUAUGGGGGACGAGUUAGUGGAAGUAGGACAGGCAGGGUUGUCGUCUACGUUGCAUGAUAAAUUAGGGGGGAAUGAUCGUCCGCAGGUUGAGAGGGAGGCGGGAGUGGAGGUGGUCCAGGUGGAUGAUGGUGCGCAGGUUGAGAGGGAGGCAGGAGUGGAGGUGGAUGAUCAUGCGCAGGUUGAGAGGGAGGCGGAAGUGGAGGUGGAUGAUCGUGCGCAGAUUGAGAGGGAGGCGGGAGUGGAGGUGGAUGAUCGUGCGCAGGUUGAGAGGGAGGCGGGAGUGGAGGUGGUCCAGCUGGAUGAUGGUGCGCAGGUUGAGAGGGAGGCGGGAGUGGAGGUGGAUGAUCGUGCGCAGGUAGAGACGGAGGCGGGAGUGGAGGUGGAUGGUGGUGCGCAGGUUGAGAGGGAGGCGGGAGUGGAGGUGGAUGACGGUGCGCAGGUUGAGAGGGAGGCGGGAGUGGAGGUGGAUGAUCGUGCCCACAUAGAGAGAGAGGAGGACGUCGUGACUACUCAGGUUGGGAGAGAGGAGGGUGUGGCAGUGCCUUCCGAUGCUGCGCAGGGUGAGAGACAGGAGGACGUGGUCAGGGCAGAGGGUGACGACGCCCAUGACGGAGGAGAGGGCAGCGACACCCUUGACACUAAUGUCGAGCGUUUCAUCGCUGAUGAGCUGGGUCCCGCACUAUUGGGAUUGACCUCGGGCACGAUGAGGGCACUGGGGGCGUCGCCAUCAACAGAGAGGGGGGCGAUUGGCGAUGAGAUGCGGGAUUUUGCUCAGAUGUCUUUCGAGGAUCCUCCCACCCCUCGUCAGAGUCGUCGUGCAGACAUAGAGGAUAUAGCGCGUGCCCUAGCGGCCGCUGGUUACUCCGCAGAGGAUAUCGAGCAGGCAUUCGCAGGAGCCUCCAGGAUUCGUACACGGGACACUCUUCAACAGGGGUACGAGGAGGCACGAGAGCACCCUCAGGAGGCGCAUGACGAUGCAGCCGCUUCAGAGAUCCCAGGAGGUAGCGGUUCUAAGGAGGUGGCACCUGACGAGGUACCACCGGUCGUAGUGGUGGAUUUAGGAUCAGAGUCACCGCUUCAGACUUCCGUUAGUGGACGGCGAGCUCCUGAGGAUACUGCUUGCCCAUUUGAUGCGGCAGAGCUCGCACGGGCUGUUGUGCGUAGUGUCAUACGGGAGGAGGACACAUACUCACGGAGACCAGGCAUGCCGCCUCCUCCUCCGAGAUCACGUCACGCAUAUCGUGACUCUAGUCCGCGUCUCAUGCCUGCGGCGGGUGGUGCCGCAUUGGAGGAGUCUUCAGGACCUGAGGGGUUGGGGAUGCCGCGGGGUUCUCGUCGAGAUAAGACUGUCGAGGCUGUCACUCGGGCGAGUACUAGGCUUGUUCAGGUGAGGAGGGGGGAUGAUCAGGUCAUCGUAGUGGAGGACGAUCCCGAGACGGAGCCGACAGAUGACGAGGACCUGCCUGAGGAUGAGGAGUACAGAGAGGACGACGAGCGUCGGGAGAAGGAGAGGGAUGACGAGGAGGAGGAGGAGGAGGACGACGACGAUGAGCCCUCCCCUCGACCACGGCGUGGUUCUGGUUGACGGCAGGAGGAGUUUCGUGAGACGAGACCCCGCACGAGGAGUCGAGGACCAUCCGCUGCGACCAGGGCGAGCCGACGAG